UCAACAAUGCCAUGAAUGAAACAGUGGUUUCAGAUACGGAUUUUCGAGUAACGACACAAGAAUUUCCUUUCAAUGAAAGCGAGAGAAUUGUUUUCGACUCAAAGAUCCCCAUUGAAGACAAGAAGUCUUCUCAGAUUUCCGUUGCUGCAUUUUCUGUAAAUAAAGACAACCUGUUUGAAGAAAGUAAGGAAAUGACAAAGGAGAAGGACGUGCCGCAAGAGGACGAAGAGAAGGAAGCGCAUUUGCUACAAGGGAGAAAAAGAGAUGGGAAGUUGCAAAGAAAGGAAGAGGCAAAGGAAGACGAGGUGUCAGAAAAGGAGACAGAUAAGGAGGAAAAAGAACAAAGGGAUGGGGAUGUAGUAUUAAUGACGCCAUAUACAAAGGGAACGCUGAAAGAUACCGAAUGUAAGGAAGAGGCUGAGGACGAUGUUAUCAUGGGGGAACGUGACGUUGAGGAAACAUAUGAUGUGCGCCAGGAGAGAGGUUUUGAUCGAACUUCAGAAGAAACAAAUUUAACAAAGAGUGAGGUUCAGAAUGCGGGAUCUGCAUUUAUACACAAAAUGCAAGAGGAUGAAGAUAACCAAGAGAAGGAAAGAGGAAGACAAGUCAGAGUAGACGAGACAAUGGAUGGAGCGGAGAAAGAAGAUGACGAUGAAGAUUGCAACGAUAAUGAUGACGAAAUGGCAAUUUGUGCUACGAAAAAACACAUGAAUGGCGGAAAUGAAGAUGAUAAUCUUGCGAUGAACCAAGAUGAACCAGCUGAUCGAACCUCAAAUGCAUUCCUGGAUCAGAUAUCGUCGGAGCUCGAUGAUCUUCCCUGGGAAGUUGAAUGUACCAAAUCCUUUGUUAAGACGAUGACAAGUAAAAUCAAUUCUACAAUAAAAAACAAAAUUAUAAUGACCAUUUCCAAACUUGCAAAAGGGGACUGGCAUCAGAGCAUUUGUAAGGAAUUACAUUCCGUCCACAAACCCAAAAACACGCAGCUAUACGAGUCAAAAAUCGGAAAAGGCUGUAGACUAAUUUGGCAGAGAGCAAGUACCUUUUCUUCCAAACUCAGUGCCACUACCGUAAAUACUGAAAGACAAAAGUAUAGGAACAAGAAAACCUCUGGCGAGGAUAUGUACUCAGAAGUUAUUCGUAUCUGGAAUUAUGUUAGCAACCAUGAUGAUAUUCACAAAUAUGUUGUCAAUAUUUGUAGUGCCUUGAAAAAUGAGAACCAAGAAGUUUUCAAACGGGAUCCUAAACCUCCAAGUACAUUCCAAAGAACUCUUCCUGCAUACUUUGGAUCCGAUUCAAUCGAAAUUGGUGUUGUGCGUCCACCUGUCAAGGAAGCAAAUGAGGAAUUCCAAAUAGUAAAAUUUUACACUUUUUCUCCAGACAUGUUAAAUCAUAUUCGCAGACAAUCAAGCUUGAAUGUUGACUUUCCUUUUCGUAUCACUGACCUUGAGCAUUCUAUCAUUAACCUAGAAAGUGAUGCUCCAAUUUUACUGAUAGGACGAAGCGGAACAGGAAAGACAACGUGUUGUUUGUAUCGAUUGUGGCAUCAGUUUAUCGCUCACUUGAGCAUACACUGUGAACUACCGGAACUAGCGAAACCAGAGAGUGGUUCCGAAAAUUGCCACGGAGAACAUAAUCAAGCAGCUGAUUCGAACAAAGACGUUAGACAUCCAUGUAAAUCUUUGUCAGCGGAACCGGAAGAUGAUAAACAACACAUGUUGGAUGAUUCAGUUUUGCUACAUAAUCGACUUCAUCAAAUCUUCGUGACAAGAAAUAGAUUGCUUUGUAGUGAGGCGAAAAGGAAUUUCAAUGAAAUGAAACACGGGAGCUCUAUCGCCCAGAAAUUUGGUCUUUGCGACGAUAGUCCACUUCCCUGGCACUUUGAUGACAUUCGUGAUUCACAGUAUCCAUUGUUUUUAACUUUGGAGCAACUUUUGAUCUUGAUGGAUGCCUCUGUCGGACCAAAUUUUUUCUACGCGAGGGAAAGCAAUGGAUCUUUGAAAGGCAGACAAAGGUCGCUGUUCGAAGAAGAUUCCAGCAUAAGUGGUAUCACUGAGCAUAUGCGAAAGGGAGGCAUUGUCGUCCAAAACGAAACAUCCAAAUCUAAAGAGGCGAGUAAGCUAACAACUGAGGUGACAUAUGAGGUGUUUUGCGACAUUGUGUGGCCAAAGAUAGCAACAGGCUGCAAAUACCAACCAUUACUUGUCUGGAUGGAGUUCAUUUCUAUCAUCAAAGGGUCAUAUGAAGCUCUGUUACAACCAAAAGGUUAUCUGUCCAGAGAAAGGUAUCUAGAUGUUGGGAGGAAGAGGGCGCCAAACUUCGAUGGGAACAGAGAUGAAAUAUAUGAUCUGUUCCAAAAGUAUCAAAAAAUUUCAGACAAGAAGAAUCUUUUUGAUGAAUGUGACAUCAUUAAUUCGGUCAAAUCUCGCCUCCAACCUCAACACGUGAAGGCCUGGGCUAUCCAUCAGUUGUUUGUCGACGAAAUACAGGAUUUUACACAAGCUGAACUUUGUCUUCUCAUCAAGAUUUGCCAGGAUCCCAAUCAGAUGUUUCUUACUGGUGACACUGCUCAAACUGUUAUGCACGGAAUUGAGUUCCGUUUCUGUGAUCUCAAAUCCUUGUUUUUCAAUAUAAGGGAAGCAAUGAAAGCCGACGGUGUUCCAGGAAAGUAUCUAGUUGAAGUACCAGGCAAAGUGCACCAACUCACUCAUAGCUAUCGGUCCCAUGAUGGUAUCCUUUCUCUGGCAUCAAGUAUACUUGACAUUAUGACACAUCUAUUUCCAGACUCGUUUGAUCAUCUGCAGGCGGACACAAGCCUGAUUCAAGGGGGGCCCCUGCCAGUACUUCUUGAGUCAUCGAACUUCUCUGAUCUUGCCAGGCACAUUUCCGACAACAAAGAAGAGACCGAAGACACAGCUGAUAUAGAACUUGGAGUACAUCAGGCCAUCCUUGUCAUCAACGAAACAGCCCGACAACAGCUUCCACGGCAGCUGCAGCAAAACAUAACACUGACAAUAUAUGAAUCAAAAGGCCUCGAAUUCAACAACAUAUUUCUCUUCAACUUCUUUAAAUUUUCCCAGGCGUCGAAAGAGUGGCGAGCGGUGACAAGUUUGCUCACCGAAUUGACACCGAAUGACACAGACACGACCAACUCACGGACGGGCGUGUAUGAACUGGAUGAAGGUAAGCUGCAUAGGAAGGACAGGCCUCGAGCUCUGAAAUUUGACCCGAAACUCCACAAGGUACUUAACUCCGAACUCAAGUUGUUGUACACCGCGGUGACCCGAGCUCGCGUCAAGGUGUGGAUCUUUGACGAGGACGAGGAGAAUCGCCGUCCCAUGUUCGACUACUUCAAGGCUCGCAAUCUCGUCAGUGUGAAAACCGAACGUUUCACAAAGGAUGACUUCAACGAACCAGCGAGUGAAAAUGAUGAAUGGCUUGCACGUGGAAAGGAAUUUAUGAGAACAAGGGUAUAUCGUGAAGCCGCCAAGUGUUUCAAAAAGGGAGGAGACAUUAAAUCGGCUGACAUUGCUAACGCCCGCCACAGCGAGGUUAUUGCUCGAAAUGUGCGAGACCAGGCGUCCAGAAAAACAAAGUUUCUUCAAACAGCAAAGCUAUACUGCAAAUGUGGUUUUCAUUCUGAAGCCAUGGAGUGUUAUGAGGAGGCCGGUGCUUUUAAAGCAGCUGCUGAGUACUGUGACAACAUCGGCAAGUUUGAAGAAGCGGCUAAGAUUUACAAAAAGCGUGUCAACAACCCUGUAAAAAGCAGCGACUGUUACCAAAAGGCACAUUUGUUUGACACUGCUGUUAAAGUAUUGUAUGAAUCUGGACACUAUGAAAAGGCAUUAGAUGUUGUCUCUAGAUACGACAAACAGCUAAAGGAAAUGGAGUCAGAAAACAAAAUAAUUCCACAGCUGAUGAAGAACCAUCACCCAUGUAAGCAAUACAACUGGGAAGACCUGAGAAUUAAAUGUGCAGAAUUAUACCACCGAGAACACAAAUAUGACAAGAUGAUGGAACAUAUGGGACACUUAAGUUUUGAUGAACAUCGAAAUGUCCUUUUACAGUGGGAUCACAUUGAUUUGACUGUUGAUCUGAUGAAGACAAAAGGGAAAUACGAGGAGGCAUCCAGGCUGUACUUAUCCAAAGGCAGGUCAAAGGAUGCAUUAGCAAUAGCCAGAGAAUCAGGCAAUAAAGAAAACAUCGCACAGUACCUGCUCCGUGACAUCACAGGCGAGAUAUGCAAGCAUCAAGUACUGGAUAAGCCACAAACCUCUGAUCGGAUACAGGAACUUUUUGAUCUGCUCAGUGUCAUUACAACAAACCGCAAGUUGCAAGGACAGGCAUAUUUGCUAAAAGCAGAACUGAAUGGAGGAAAAGCCAAGGAAGUUGAAACAGCUCUGAGUAAGGCUCUUGGUGCUUUUAAACAAUGUGAUCCACCUUGCAAGGCCGGACAAAUAGACUGUCUAAACCUGAUGCUUAAAAACUUGACACAAGGCAAUAUUUCCCCCGUUGUAGAAGAAAUGCAUACUUUAUUUGACGUGAUCAAGCUUUUUGAAAAAACAGCUUCAACCAAGGACGACUCACAGACAAUUAAAUUGAUCUGUAGUCACUUUGGUUACGAAUACUCAACUGAUGGUUUAUUGUUGACAAAAAGUUGUCAACACCAUCUUGGUCCCGAAAUAAAACGUAAGUGCAAAUCAGAAAAUGAAAGAGAGGUAAAAAAAGCCAUCGGCAAUGUUUUAAAAGAAUUGGCUCAUGAAUGGUACACCAAAAUACGGUCAAGUAUGAAAGAAUGGGUGGAAAAUCUUCAAACAUGCAGCAAGUCGCACUACAGUCAUUUAAGAUGCGGAUGCUUGAAGAAGCUUUUGGAGACUGAUCUGUUACACAUUGAGCUUGACGGAUACCUUGCAGGAACACUUGGAGGAAUCAGCAUUACAGCUAAAAAGUCAAUCGAAACCUCAUUAGAACCAUGCAUUACUUUCCUUCGUCAUCUCCUCCCACAACAGUUCAUAAAACGUUCUAGCAAAGAAGAAUGGUACGCUUUAGCGGAUGUUUUACGGAAGACUAAAAGAACUGUUAAAGAAAGAUUGAUGACGGCAUUGAAGGUUGAAUAUGACUAUAUCACUCAAAAGAAAAGGAAACGAAGUACAAAUCUAUUCAUGAAGCUUCAUUUCCUGGUGAAAUAUCUAAAACUGGACAUGAAACCACAAGAGAUGAUGAAAACGUUUGAACAGGAUUUGAACGAUGAGCUUUCAAGGAAAGAAAACAAACAAAAAGUUCUGGGCAAGAUUCGACAUCUUGGAUUUUUGAUACAUCCCGAACCUAUUAGAUGUCUUGCCGUUAGAUUUGUUGAAGCGUAUGACAACAUAUCAUACUACAUGGAUCCUAUGGAGGCUUUAGUGAAAUUCACGGCGUUCCUGAGGUUGCUGAGAGGCUACGACCAGGAAGUCCUACCGGACUGCAAUUAUUUGAUUAUGUGGAUGGAGUAUUUCUUGGUUGUUGCAUCAUAUAUGGCAGCAAAGGCCGAUAAUCAGAUUAGCUUCCUCCUUCCAAACUCAUAUACCCAUGUCACACAUUACAUUGAUUCAAGCUUUGAUUCAGAAAAUAAGGCUACCAUUAACGCUGUUGUGAGAACAGGGAAGAAGUUAAAUCUCCAUGUCAUACAGAAUAGGAUAGAGGCCAUUGCUUUGUUCUUAUGUGAAGAUGGCGACAAAAAUAAACUGAUGAAUGCUGCAUUUUCAUCUGAAAAUACAGAUUUUGAGGUAUCCGAGAGGCUGGGGAUGUUAUCAUUGACUUGCAUGUGCAAUAUAGAACGGAUGGGUACAACAUCAUCUGAGCAACUACUACUCAGGCAGUUAAGCUCAAUUCAAUUGCACACAGAUGCUCCUCCAAGAUUGAAGGACGCCAUAAAAACAUUGAAAACAGCAAAAGGACUCCUGGAUGUAGGCAAUUUAUUCAGAAGGCUCCUGUUCGAACGUGGCGAAGAACUUCAUACGUAUAGUUUUUAUAAGGGAAAUGUACUGUCAAAACCACUUACAAUCCUAAACGACAUUCUCCCUGAUACUUUUCAUGAAGACGCGGCUCGUAGUCAGCUCCAACCACAGGAAACAGACACCACAAAAGAAAGCACCAAUAUUUAACAUGAGGAAGCGCCCUUCGUUCGGCACCAAGCAAAUGAGACAUACACAUCAGAAGAACGCCGCGAUACUAAACACGAGGAGGCGACUCUAACUCAGCUCCAACCAAAGGAGACAGACAGACUAGCUAAACGUUGUGGUCCUAAACAUGAGGACGCAACUCUCGCUCUGCUCCAACCACAGGUUAAAAAUAAGGUAGUUCACAUAGAUUGGACCUUUUAAUUCCUUGAAAUUGAUAGAUUUCCGGAUAAAUGAUAUAACCGGUGUCAGUUUCUGUUUUACACUACCAGAAUAUUCAUUUACUGGGACACGAGCAGUCGUUAACAAAGGUAUAUAACGUCUGCUGUCACACCACCAGAGUUUUGUCAUCUACAAACACGCGAGCCUGUCCAUGAAAAGUUAACACAAAGUUCUUUUGAGGUCUAGACAACAAUUACGGACUGAAUGUAGUUUUAUGAGAGAUGGAACCAUUUGUUUCCGAUAAACAUCAUCCUGAACUGAACGCUCAAUUCUGGCUUAACGACUUCAAGUAAUUAUGGGGAACACUUUCCAAGAAUGACUUUGAGUUUUCCAGAUUAACGAGAUUUAAUUGUAUGUUGUUUAUUUCACCCUAUAAUAUAUACAAAACAGCAAAUUACAUAUUUACCCAGAAUUGUCAUUUCUUGUAUUCACAUACGCCCCUGUCAGAAUGUCAAAGUUCUUGAUAAAACCUAAAGUUGGAUUUCUUCAGUCAUUGGUUUGCCAUGAGAAGUAUGGCUAUGCAACUCAAUUCUGUACUAACAGUUUUAAAUUUAUUUCCGGAAAAAAAUAGGUACCAAAAAUCAAAAAUAUCAGUGUUGUCAAGAAGCUUCGCAUUUAGCUAUUGACAGAGGUGUUUGAGUUUUAUGGGAGGUCGUUUAACUUUCAACAAUACUUUCUAAGCUUUUUGUCUUUUUGCCCGACAUGAGAUGUCACAAUGUCAACAAGAAGUUAUAUGACGUUAUGUAUUUACCUGCUAUCUGACAAUAGAUGAUGUAAUAGAAUAUAACAAUAAUUUGUAAGUAAUUGCAUUAAUAAUAAAUCUGUGUUGUUUAUUAUAAUGUUGAUUUUUGUUAACCCCACAUUGAUUUUUUAUGAUAUGUACUCAAGAGUUAAAAGUUUCAUGUACAUUAUAUGUAUGUUAAUUUAUGCUAUAUUUCUAAUUCGGAAAAUUUCCUCAAAUUUCAUAAAUAACUACUUAGUCACCCUCUAUGAGGGUGGGCGACAUUUUUCAUUCACAGUCCGUGUUGUGUCGUUUCUUGUUAUAGUGAGUAGAUGCAUAAAAGGCAGCUAAGCCAUUAACUUAAUUUAUGCAUCGGAAACACUAAACAAGAUCAUUUUGAAUAUUUUCCAAAUUUUUGUGGAUUUUUCUUAUGCAUAACAGUAAGAGUUAUGUCCCUUGUGUCAUAGCCAGAAGUCCCCUAAGGAUGAAGGGUCACGGGUCAGCUGAGGGUCAUCUGAUUGAAUUGGUCAGUUAAGGUCAAGGGGACGCUGAGACCUCUCUAUCAGUCAACCAUCUUCGAUUUAAGCUGUGUUACCUAUCCGAUCCUGUAAAGUUAUAACAUUUGUUCUGCAAAAUACCCACCCUCUACCUCCCUUUCGUUUUGUCCUCUUCUGGACAAUACUACUGGCUUAAGGUGUUAUUCAUGAUUUGGCGGUUUUUUGUUAACCCAACAUUGGUUUUUUAUGGUAUGUAUUCAAGAGUUAAAAGUUUCAUAUACAAUAUAUGUAUGUAAUUUUAUGCUAUAUGGCGGUUUUUUUUUAACCCUUCAUUGGUUUUUUAUGAUAUGUACUCAAGAGUUAAAAGUUUCAAGUACAUUAUAUGUAUGUAUUUUUAUGCUUUAUUUCUAAUUCGGAAAAUUUCCUCAAAUUUCAUAAAUAAAUAUUUAGUCACCCUCUAUGAGGGUGGCCUUUUUCAUUCACAGUCCGGGUUGUGUCGUUUCUUGUUAUAGUGAGUAGAUGCAUAAAUACCUUUAUCAUUCUUUAUGGAAACAUGUUUGUAUAUACGUAAAUGUUAUUUUGUAUUUUAUUAAAAUCUAUAUAUUGUUUAUAGAUAUGAGGGCCUGUUCGUUUAUGCGGAAAACCCGGGUUGUCUGUUUUUGAAUCAACCAUUUUCGGGUAUAGAUUCUGGCGGUCAUGCGAAUGUUAAUCCAGACCUUUUUUUAUAAUCUGUAUACUGUACCUGUAAAUAGAAACGUAUAUUAUUAUUUAUGGAAACAUGUUUGCAUAUACUUGUAUGUUAAUUUUUCUUUUUCCUUUUAUUUGUAUAUUGUA